GGUCCGCUUGCAGUUAUAGAAGAUGUCUCGUUCCAUCAGGCCGCCACAGCCCAGUUCGCCGCAGCCCAGGCCGCCGCAGCCCGGGCCGCCGCAGCCCGGCCCGCCGCAGCCCAGGCCGCCGCAGCCCAGCUCGCCGCAGCCCAGCUCGCCGCAGCCCCGGCCGCCGCAGCCCGGGCCGCCGCAGCCCGGGCCGCCGCAGCCCGGGCCGCCGCAGUGCGGGCCGCCGCAGCGUGGGCCGGCGCAGCGCGGGCCGCCGCAGCGCGGGCCGCCGCAGCGUGGGCCGGCGCAGCCGACGCCGGCGCAGCCGAGGCCGCCGAAGCACAGCCCGUCGCAGCCCAGGCCGCCGCAGCCCAGGCCGCCGCAGCCCGGCCCGCCGCAGCCCAGGCCGUCGGAGCCCAGGCCGUCGGAGCGCAGGGCGCCGCAGCACAGGCCGCCGCAGUGCGGGCCGCCGCAGCGCAGGCCGCCGCAGCGUGGGACGCCGCAGCGCGGGCGGACGCAGUGUUGGCCGCCAUCGCAGUGCCGGUCGCGAUCCUGGCAGCCGCUGCGGCAGCUUCGCAGCUGGUGCCAGAGAGGGACGUGGACGAGGCUGCCUUCGUGCCUGGGCAGGCCGUGAAGAUUCUGGGGCUGACCAAGAUGCCGCAGCUGAACGGCGAGCGGGGGGAGGUGCUUCCCGCCGGCGGGGGCUCCACGGCCGCGAGCCCGCCGGGCACAGUGAAGGUCAGGCUCAGCUCGGGCGACGAGGUGGCCGUGAAGCCCUCGAACCUGGAGCUGGUGGAGGGGCCCACGGCGGCAGCGGCCGCGCCCGCGCCGGCGGAGGCGGCGCCGGCCGAGGGCCCGCCCGAGCCAGCGGCGGAGGGCGCGCAGCCCGCCAAGGGCGCGCCCGAGCUGGCGGCGGAGCCGGCCCGCGCCUGGUCGAAGGCGUCGGCGAUGGCGCCUCCGCCGCCGGGCGGGGGCGCGGAGGAGGAGCAGGGCGAGGCCGAGCUCUCGAAGGCGGAGGCUGCGAGGA